AAAAAUACUGUUGAAGCUUCUCUUCUUUCUCACAAAAAGUACAAAGUUGAAGAAGUCGAGAAGCGCGUUUUCAUCUGCAUCUCCCCCCACCACUCUCUGACACAGUCUCCCUCCAAAUUUUCCCUUUCCUCUUCACCAACCGAACUAUCUAUAAUAUAUUUAUUACCCAAUUCAUCUAAUUUCAUUUUCCUCUUUUUAUUUUCUUGUAAGCUCCAAAAUAUUCCUCUGCAUUUUUCCAAACCCUAAAAACUCAACCACAGUUUAAUGUCGUUUCCAACACCCUUCACAUUUCGUACUCUAUCUUCUGUAAUUUUCUUCACUCUGUAAUCAGCAAUCAAAUUCUGCAUGCGUUCUUUCUAAAUUCUAUUACCUGUCUCGGUGUUCUUUUUCACUACUUUGUUCUAGGUAGACACUUGGAUGUGGUGUUAACCAAUUUGUAACGAGGGUUUCAUUCGAGGAAGUAAACUAACGUAAAAGUAUAAUCAUGGGCAUAGUAGACAUUAUUGAUUUAUCUAGUGACGAUGAAAGUGAAAGCGUUGGUGUUGGCCCUGUAGCUGUUAAAUUGGAACCAGAAUAUGUUACAAGUGCUGAGAAACAGCAUGUGACUGGCAAAUUUGGACUAGUCAAGCACGAGAAAUCGCCAUAUCAUGUCACAAGACAAGAUGCUGACGAAAAUAUAAGUUAUAGUGCCCCAAGUACAGGUCAUAGUAACUCCAGUGUAUUGGAGCAGGGACCAUCGCCAGUUGAUGAUACGGGCAUCUCUUAUGCGUCAUCGAUUUGUGCUGCACCGCUUUCCAGGCAGUUUUGGAAAGCCGGAAGCUAUGAUGAUGCGGUUGGUUCUCGAAUUACAGUCAAAGAUGGAAAAAACUAUCUGCAUGUACACCCUAUGUUCCUUCACUCAAAUGCAACUUCGCACAAGUGGGCAUUUGGUGCCAUAGCAGAGCUUCUUGAUAAUGCUGUUGAUGAGAUCCAAAAUGGGGCUACCUUUGUCAUUGUAGAUAAAACUUCAAAUCCAAGAGAUGGAAGUUCAGCACUGUUGAUUCAAGAUGAUGGUGGUGGCAUGGAUCCGGAAGCAAUACGCCGUUGCAUGAGUUUUGGAUUUUCCGAUAAAAAUUCAAAGCAUGCUAUUGGACAGUAUGGAAAUGGCUUCAAGACCAGUAGUAUGAGGCUUGGUGCAGAUGCUAUAGUCUUCAGCCGCCAUAUGAAUAAUGGGAUUUUGACUCAAAGCAUUGGACUUCUGUCAUAUACAUUUUUGAUGAGAACACAGCUUGACAGAAUAGUAGUGCCAAUGGUGAAUUAUGAGUUUAAUACCUCAACUGGAUCAUUGGAUAUGUUAAAUGGCAAAGAGCAUUUUAUGGCGAAUUUAUCAUUGCUGCUGCGUUGGUCACCAUACUCAUCAGAAGCAGAUCUUCUGAAACAAUUUGAUAACAUGGGAUCUCACGGUACUAAAGUUAUUGUAUAUAAUUUGUGGUUCGGUGAUGAUGGGAAUACAGAGUUAGAUUUUGAUACAGAACCUAAGGAUAUUCGUAUUGCUUGGGAUAUCAAGAAAGUCGAGACUCGUCCUGCAUGGAAAAGAAUCAAUGAGGAUCACAUUGCUAAUCGAUUUCGUUAUUCUUUACGUGUAUACUUGUCCAUAUUGUACUUGCAGCUACCAAAAAGUUUCCAAAUUAUAUUGCGAGGACAAGCUGUGAAGCCACAUAGCAUUGCCGACGAUCUUAAACUUGUUGAAUUUGUUAAAUAUACACCACAAACUGGUGGAACCGUAGAGGAAAUUUUUGUAACAAUUGGAUUUGUUAAGGAAGCCCCUCUUCUCAAUAUCCAUGGUUUCAAUGUAUAUCACAAACAUCGGCUGAUACUGCCAUUUUGGCAGGUUGUAAGAUAUUCAGACAGUAGAGGUAGAGGAGUUGUUGGUAUCAUGCAAGCAGAUUUUGUUGAGCCAACUCAUGAUAAACAAGAUUUUGAGAAAACUUCCCUGUUUCAAAAGCUAGAAGCCAGAUUGAAGUCAAUGACAUGGGAAUACUGGGAUACUCAUUGUAAACUAAUAGGGUAUCGGCCGCAAGAUAAGCCUCGGACUUUAGUUACCCAACCACAUCCGUCAUUGCGGCAACCACUUGAAUAUCAUAAGAGGAAGACAGAUGAACUGAUAGGCCUUCAGAAGAGGAAAAAGCAUGCAAGGGAAGAUUAUGUAACUGGUAACGGUUUCAGUCAGAAUAAACAGAUCACCACAACUCCUGCAGACCAGGUUGUGAAUCAAGAGGCUAUACAGUUGAUGCAAGAAAAUAAGAAACUACAUACAAAAUGUUUGGAAUUUGAAAAGAGAAGGGAAGAACUUAAUUUCAUGGCGACAAAGCUUAGAAGUAAAAUAGAGGAAGCCCGACAUCAAUAUAAUCGGCUUUUAGACGAACUGCAGUCCCUAGAAGUGAAAGAGGAGUAGUAGUGUAGCUGUAACUCUUGCUAUCAAUUUUUUCAUUGGCAGAAGUGAUGUAUGUAUAGCUCAAUUUUUUGUAGUCAGGGGCCUUACCAGGGUUAGGGGCACGUUUAAGGAUCACAGAUCCGUCCUGCUUUGUAUGGCCCAGUAGGGUUUUUGCCCCAAAUUUUAUAGGUAUCUUUUGCAAGUAAAUGUAAGCAACAGCUGAGUUAACUGCUUCUGUACAUGUAAGUAAAACACCAUGGAACAUCAGAGCCUGAGAGCAAUUAAUCAAUUUGUUUUUUAGUCUC